GUGAGGCAAGAAGACACCACUUUCUCCGAGCCCUCACAAUCAAAACAUUAUUCGUGCGCAAUGGGUGAGUCUUCAUCUCGAGAAAGACACCGUCUAAUCUAACACUUGGCGCACAUAGUCGGGGAGCGGAGACUGUUGCACGAUGCUCCGGCUGAACGACACCGUGGAGGCGGAGAGUGCUGCGAUCCUCCACCCUGCAGAAACCGAGGAGGGGGUCGAGGUUGCCUUCACGCCGCCGGAGGCCGGACGAAGCCUCGGGUACGGAGCCUCCGUGGCCUGCUGCCCCCCUUUACAGACGCUGACGCCUUUUCAUGUGCAUAACCCCACAAUGCAAGCGAAAGUGAAGGACUACUUCGUGUUUAGGCCAGGUACCAUUGAGCAGGCAGUGAGCGACAUCAGGACCGUGGCACUCCCUUCCGAGGAUGGAGAGGUGCUCAGCGUCUGGCUGCUAGCCGAAAUUGACCACUGGAACAAUGAGAAGGAAAGACUAGUGCUUAUAACUGAUAGGUCACUGCUGGUGUGCAAGUACGACUUCCUCAACCUGUUGUGUCAGCAGGUCGUCAGGAUCUCUCUCAACGCUGUAGACACCAUCUCAGUGGGCGAGUUUGAGUUCCCACCCAAAUCCCUCAACAAGAGAGAAGGCUACGGGAUUCGUGUUCAGUGGGACAAACGUCCUCGGGCCUCAUUCAUAAACCGCUGGAACCCCUGGUCUACAGAAAUGCCCUACGCCACCCUCGCUGAGCACCCCAUGGCCCACGCCGAUGAGAAAGUGGCCUCCCUCUGCCAGUUGGACAACUUCCGGACCCAGCUGGUGCAGGCAGUGAAGAAAGCCCACAAGGAGCACCCCAUCCCUGGUCGGGCUAACGGUGUCCUGAUCCUGGAGAAACCCUUACUCAUCGAGACCUAUUUGGGAAUUAUGUCCUUCAUCAAUAACGAGGCAAAGUUGGGCUACUCCAUAACCAGGGGCAAGAUCGGCUUCUAAAAGUCACAGUUUCUCCAAAUUACAACAGAGUUCAGCCCCUGUGUCUGUGUUACACUGCCCUGUCUGAGGGAAGCUUUACUACAGUGUAAUACGCAAUGUGUGUGUACGCUGAGCCCAUGAGAAGUCCACACCUCCCUCAAGUUAGUGUUGCAGACAAGAGGUCAGCCUACUGUAGGUAAAUGAUGUGCAACACUGCAUGGACUGUCUUGGUUUUUUCGUGUUUUUAUCCCCCCACAGCCCGUGUGGCAAACAUUUGUGAGAAGGACAUAGCUCUUGCAUCAAUUCUUCAGCUUACUGUAGUAUUUUACUCCUUGUCUAACCACUAAUUGAGAGACUGUCAAAAAUGGAGAUUGUGGUAGAGAAAUGCAAACAAAAGAGAGGUUAUUUCUUGGUUAAGGAUGUUGUUUGUUUGGGCUCGCUUCUAAACAAGGAUUAUUCAGAUCACAGGGACAUUGGUUAGCCUUACAGAAUAGGAAAGCAAACCAUGGCUAAAGUUUAAUUAUUUAAUAAAUGGUUCUAAAGGGAAACUGUUUCAGGAUCUACACUGCUAUAAAUAAAAGCUCUGGGUUGAGUAUGGAAGAUAACAGUUGUAAUACACUCCUCAGAGUCCAUGAAACUUGAGAUUAUACUUAUAUUGCAUUGACCUUUCUCUCUUAUUUGCCAAUGUUGUGCUCUCUAUGCUUACAUCCGCCUAAAUAUGUCUUUGCUCAGAGCAGUUACUCAUCUACUACUUGUAGAGCUGCAUUAGCUAAUACAGCUCAAAUGUUCUUGUAUGUUACAGAUGUUUUAUGCAACUUGAAUUUGAAACCAGUGUCUUUAUGUUGGUUUGUUUGUAAUUUAACUUAAAGAUCUUGCAUUGGUUUAAGGCACAUUUGCACUAAGUGGCACUGAACUGUGCAGUGGAAUAAUGGUUGGGUUUCAAAGUGAAAUACAUGCACACAAAACAUCGGUUCAUUAACAACAUGCCGUUUGUAUCUUAUGAAUAGGAUAACAGGAUUGUUUCCUGUACUCACCUAAAAUACAUUGUUGUGCUACCAAAGGUUACAGGCCAUAUUUUCAUGUUCAACAAUGUUAGUGAAUAAUUGUGUCCCAAAAUGCCUUUUCCGGUCUUUACCCGUGCAUGUUCCCUGCACGUUGGGUUUGCAUGAAAGAUGUUUUUUUAAAGGAAUAUUCUACAUGGCUUUGUAAAUACUAAUUUAGUUUUAUUUAUCUGUUGUUAUUUUUGAUGCAGUCAACUCAUGGAUUCCUCUAGAAAAAUAAAUAUUUCAUUGCCAA